AUGGCGAGCUGGCUGUCCCACAUCGGCGACGUGGCCGUAGAGCUCGGCGGGCAGCCGACCCAGCCCGCCGCGAUCGCGAGCCAGGCUGCGGGCGUUGCAGAGUUUGACAGAGUUACUUCGUCGGGGUGCCCUCUCGAGCUGUGCCGAGAGUCGGGCGACGACGGGCAGCGGGCGAAGUCCGCGCUGGGCCAAGCGGCCGGAUUGGCCGCGGCCGGCGCGAGCGGUUUUGCUGACGAUCGGCGCGAGCGGCGGUUCCAGAGGGCACGACCGCGCCGCGGGGCGCGGCGCGGCGCGGCUAACGCCGAGACGACGGGCCGCGCGGCUGGCCGCUCGGUCGACGGCGCGCGCAGCGACAAGGCCGCCGAGAUCGCGGCCGUGGCUGAGCCUGCCACGGUCACGGGCGUUGCCCGUCCCGACCCGCUGAAGGGCACCAAGGGUGCGCUCUUGGCGCGUGCUGCGUGCUGCAGGCCGAGCGAGGCCGACGGCCUCCGGGCGGCCGCUGACGGCGGGCCGCUGCACUUGGUGCGUGGCCCGCGGGCUGGCCGAUCAGACGGCGGCGGGCCCCUCGCUGGCAGCGCGGUCGCGACCCUGGGCAGCGCGGGCAGCGCGCAGGCAGUCGCGGCGCAGAACCCAGAGACGGGCGGCGCGCCAGCCGCUGCAGCGCCCCCGCGGCCCAUCGCCAUGCGGCCGACUGGCCGCUUGCGCGAGGCAGUUCGAGGGCAUCUCGGCGCCGGGGCGGAGCGGGCUUCAGCCCGGGGGCCGCGGGGGCAUUUGAAUUUGGAGGGGCGCUACUUCGCGGGAAAGGGGGGCUGCGGACGGUCGGCCGAGUUUGCUGGGUUCCCAGCUCAAUACUUCGACCUCGUGAGCGGUGCCAAGAGCGACGUCUUGCGGCCAAAGGUGAUGAACGGGCUGAUCGUCGACAUGCAGGGACACGCCCCCGACGGGGCCAAUUGGACCUGCAUCGCACAGGCCUGCCUGGACUCUUUGUGCCGAGCGCUCGUGCAGAUUUUAUUUGCUUUUAUCAGGGUGGCCAUGGACAUCUCGGGCAUCAUCGUGGGCGUCGGCCGCAAGGGAGCGGCGUGGCAGCGGAGGGCCCACAGGCCGCAGGAGUUCCGCAGAGCAAUAGAGGAGAGAGAGCUACCAGAAGCCGCGGUUGGCCAGGAGUGGGAGGCGGACGGCGCGCCCCGGUACCAUGCUCCGCAGCUCGGCGCGGACGCGGUGCGGGACCUGCAGGCGUGGCCGCGCGCUCUGCGGGAGACGACCACCCACGAGCAGCUGCACAGGACGGCGAUGGUGAAGCACCCGCUCCGAGCCAUGACGGAGGACAGGAAUUCGAUGCUCACCACCUACGAGCACGACUUCGGCCACCUCCGGAGGAUGAAGCCGCCCGCGGGCUCCAUGCAGUCCCUGGACCCGGGCAGGAGCGCGUCCACCGCCCGGUUGCCGAGCGCUUCGCCUUCCGGCCGCAGCCGCGCCAGCAGCAGCACUCGCAGCAGGGGCGCCGCGUCCUCCGUGGCGAGCGCGGGCAUGGGCGCCCGGCCCGGGGACCCCGUCGGCAGCCUCGGGCCGUCCACCCAGGCCAAGAUGCGUGCGUUGUCCGCCACGCCGGGCGGACCGAUGCGACUGGCGGUGACAGGCUGGACUGGGGCGGAGUGGUCGCCUCACACGCAUCCGCACAUGGUCGAGGGCUUCUCACAGAAGCGCGUCACCCUCAACAAUUAUGCGAACGUGAUGAACCUCAGGGCGCCCGACAUCCCGUUCGUCACCCGCUGAGCCCGCGGGGCCGGGCGCGCCUGUCGGGCUGCUCGCCGCGGGCCGAGCCUUGCUGGCGCCCGAGCAUCCAGCGCCCAGGCAAGGAGUCAAGGCACUACCGUUUAUGGCGGCGGCGGCGGAGCGAGUGAGGCGGCCCAGCUUGCGCUUCCGAGCUGGGAUGGUGGUGCGGGGGAGGCGGGGGGGGGUCUUGGGAGGCAGGACGAGGCCGGCCCGCGCCCUGCGCCGGUCACCUUUUGGCCGGGCGCGCCGCGAUCUCACCCAGACCCUUGCGCGACAGCACGCCGCACGGUGCGCUGCCGAGGGCUCCGCAAACGGCUCGGCGCGGUGCCCUCUGGAGGCGGCGGCGGAGCAAGCGAGGCGGCCCAGCUUGCGCUUCCGAGCUGGGAUGGUGGUGCGGGGGAGGCGGGGGG